GAGCUAGAUCACAGACCUAUAUAUACUAGAUCUAUAGUCUAUGUAUAUCUCUACAGAUCUAGGGCAAAACAUUGGAAGAUUGGUAUUCUAUAUCUAGCCAUUCUAGGGUAUAGACUAUCUCAAUAGAAUAAUAAAUCUGUUUAAUAACCUUUAGUCUUUAGGAUUAUUAAAAUGGUGAAUCUUGGCGAUAUUUUUCCAAAUUUUUCUGCUGACACUUCUGAUGGUAAAAUUGAGAAGUUUCAUGAUUGGAUAGGAGAUUCGUGGGCUUGCCUGUUUUCCCACCCAGCCGACUACACACCAGUGUGUACCACUGAGUUGGCCAGAGCAGUAAGCCUUGAGCCAGAGUUUAAAAAGAGAAAUGUGAAGUUAAUUGCACUGUCUUGUGACGGAGUUGAUAGCCACAUUGGCUGGAGUAAAGAUAUUCUGAAGUUUGCCGGAAGCGACAAAACCAAAUUGCCGUACCCCAUCAUUGCAGAUGAAAGCCGUGACUUAGCUGUGCAGCUGGGAAUGAUUGACCCAGAUGAGAAGACCAAAGAGGGACUGCCUUUGACUGCCAGGGCUGUCUUCAUUAUCGGACCUGACAAGAGAUUGAAGCUGUCCAUCUUGUAUCCAGCAACCACUGGCAGAAAUUUUAAUGAAAUCCUGCGUGUGAUUGAUUCCCUUCAGCUCACUGCAACUAAGAAGGUGGCUACCCCUGUUGAUUGGAAAUCAGGAGACGAUUGCAUGGUGCUGCCAACUAUUCCUAAAGAUGAAGCUAACAAAUUGUUCCCUAAGCACCAGGUUGUUCCUCUUCCAUCAGAAAAAGAAUACCUGCGAAGGACUCCUCAGCCCUGAACAAGUUAUCAUCAAUGCCUUUAGCAUUCCUUAAUCUGUUUUGUUUUUAAAUAUUAUAUUUUGGAGUGAUCAUAUAUGCAGUCUUUCUCUACAAAACAAUUAAUCUUGUAAUGCUCAUUGUUUUCAAUUUUUGUGAUUUGUGUAACAAAAAAAUGCAUUGUUGUUUUUUUUUUUGGUGAUGCAUCAAUAAAAUUAUUUUUUCAAAAUAGAA